AGUGUCAAUAUAACGCAUGGUCACAUAUGAUAAGCGACAAUAAGUUUAUACCAGUGUCAGACGAACUUUAUGGCUAUUUGCUGAGGAGCUUUUGUGUUGAACGCUUGAUAGAAUCAUCAUGGUGCGAGCAAGUUGUCUGCUGGCAUGCUGCGUGCUCAUCGCCCUUCUCCUGGUCGUCCCUGCGGCGGCCUUCCCCAGGUAUCCCAGUAACUACUACCGCGACGAUGUCCAAUACGAGCCCGAAGAGAUAAUGGACAUGCUGAACCGACUCGGAAACCUCAUCCAGAUCGAACGCAAAAUGGAAAACUUUAAAGAUGACAUUACUAGCGAGAAGCGUGCCCUAGACCUUGGACUGAGCCGUGGAUACUCCGGCGCGCUCCAAGCCAAGCACCUGAUGGGCCUGGCUGCUGCCAACUACGCCGGUGGACCUGGGAGGAGGCGUAGGGACGCCCACUAAGCCCAAAAGGCGAAACUUUCCUUCUAUGGGAUAUGUUUUUUGUAGUGCACAAUUUUUUUUUUUUACAAAGCAAUGGUGCUUUUUUUUUACUUUAUAUCUUCAUUGGCACGAUGUAGGUGUUUUUAACCAGCUUGAUUAAGGCAAUUUCUUAUCUCCCAUCUGUCUCGCGAACUCGAAAGUUAACCAAUAAGAAAGAAAAAGAAAGAUUACAUUUAUGCCAUGUCAAAAUAGAAGAGAAAGAGCAUUCUAUUAGUUUAAGUGAUGUUCCUAAUUUAUUAUCAGUAUUCAUUAUCUAGUCUACAAUUCAAAAUCCUACUAGUAUAGAUACAAUCUAAUUUAAUAUUUUUAGUUUGUGCUAUAAUAAGGUCUAUUUUAUAACAUACUUAUCUUAGUUGUAAUCCGAGCCAAAAAUUAAUAUUUUUUGUUGCACUAUUUAAAGGUACCUAAUUUAUUAUCAAAAUAAUUUAUUUACAUUGGAGUUUUAACUAAUAUGUAGGUAGUAAUAUAUAUUUUUAUUUUAACAAACAAAAUAUAGUAUCUUUUUGAUGAUAGUGCCCUACGAAAUUUCUUUUGGCUCGAAUUUAGAUAUAUUCUACGGUAGUUAAUGAUCCUAAUUAUUUACUUAAAAUGUAUUUUUAUGCUUACACUGGUAGACACUGGGCGCGAAUUGAUAUUUGGUUCAUAAGUGUACUCGUACAAUGGGGCGCAAAGUAUAGAAUACAUUCGAAUCGUAAAAGUAUAUUGUAGACUUUCUUUGUGGCUACACCUUUACUUUUGUUCUUCGGAAUUUGCUUAACACAUUUAUUAUUAAUAACCAUAUUUUAUUCACGUCAUUCAAUUAGUUUAUUUAUUUAUAAUUGUUAAAGCUAUUUAAUAUUAUCUUUUGACCAAUCAAAAUUUGUGCACUCAAAGACAGACUAUCCUAUCUAGACUAUAUAUCUACAAUAUCUAUAGAUAUCGGCUUAAGAUUAGACGCCUUUAGCUCUUUUGUUCCAUGCUGCAAAGCAAUAUUUUCCAUCUGCUGUAACUACUGGUGUAUCAUAUCAUUUGUAGGAAAUAAUAUGAUUUUUUGCAUAAAAUAUUACCUUAUAAAUUCAAAAUUUAUUUUCUAAAUUGACUGAUUUUGUUGGACAACUGUUGACUGAGACACCAAUUAUAUGGUUAUCGAAAAAUUUCAAUAUUUAUGUAGUAUCAAAAAUGUUGACUUACUUAGCAGUAUUUUAUGACACAAAGUGUUAUAUUUCCUAAAAGAAAUCUAUUGCAAGUUUAAAAACGCUUAAAAUUUUAAUGUAAAUUAGAUAUUCUACUUGUAAGACAGCUUUUCUUUUAUACCUUCAUAAAUCUUAAUAGAUCAGUGUUACUAUUCCUAAAAAUGUAUGUGGCAAAAUUAUCUAGUCAAUAGUAAAUUAAGUGAUAAAUACCUCCUGUCUAGAGUUUAUUGUUAAAAAUAAAGAGAUAUUCAUAUUUA